AGACUACCAAUCAAAUGCAUGGUAUGCAAAUGAGCAAUCAACGCCCUCCGACAGGUUUUUUCUGGUUUUCCUUCGUUGCAUCCUUCCAUCACGGUCGAGCAUCAUUUGGUACCAAGCUAACUUUUUUUACAAACUUUUGAGGACAUGGAUACUUUGCUGCCAGCCCUCAACAUCCACGACACCAGCCUGCCGGCAGAGAGGCAGCAGUGUGUUCUUGCGGCCUCAAAGGCAGCCAAGGCCCAGAAGGGCAGGGGUCAGGUCUGUCCGAGGGACGACGGGAUGAGGGACCCCAAGACUGCCUUCGACGAAGCAAAGAGCCGCUGUGGCGUGCCGAGGCCUACUGAGGCCCAGUACCUGGGCCAGCUGGUACUGACCUUCGGCCGCUACACCGGCCGGACCUUUAAGUGGCUGGUCGAGAACGACGUGGGCUACGUCAAGUAUCUCGUCGACCGCCACGUAAAAGAGAGCCAGCGGCCGGAGAAGCGUGGGAUCAAUGAGGAGUGGCUGAAAGACAGCCUCCUCAAGUAUGUGGAGCUUUUUCCACCUAUCUCCUGCCACCUCGAGAGGAACGUAGACAGGGCCAUUUACGGCAUGGGCCGUUUCCGGUCGUUUACGUUCCUCGAGAUGUGGCAGUGGUACAAGUGCCACAUAGCGGACCCCAAAGCCGGCAGCGAGCAGGAGCGGAGGAUGGCGCAGGAGGCCCACACCUCAGUCAAGCAGUGGCUGCUGAUGCGGGAGAGUGACAUCACCUCGAAGUCACUCAAACGCUUCAGACAGUAUAUACUUGACAAAGAGAACGCCACUCCUCCUGCUGCCGCCGCCGCCACUUCAAGGGCCCCUGCAGCAGCUGCCACCUCCCACGUGCCGUGGUCCGACGACGCUCCGGACGACACUGCUCUGGUGGAUGCCCUCGCCACCUUCGAGAGCCAUGGAGAGCCCAUCUCCACCAGCCAGCCUCCUGUGUCCGCCGGGGGUCCCGAACAGCCGCCGCCACUCUCCACCAACGUGCCAGCUUCUCCAGAGAAGUCUGCCAGCAAGCAGCAGAAGCCCCUGCAGAAGCCCCUGCCGUCCUCGCCGCCCUCCACCAGCAAGGCUGCCUCGACUGAGCGUCCAAAGCAGCCGAAGCAGCCGAAGCAGCAGAAGAAGUCAAAGUCCUCACAGCCCUCCUGGUGGAGGGCUGUGAGGAAGACUUUGGCUGCCUCAAAGCAGCACAAGCAGCUCCUGCUGUCCUCGCAGCCCUCCUCGCUGCCCUCCACCAGCGAGGCUGCCUCUGAGCAGCAGCCUCCUGAGCAGCAGACGCCCGUGCCGUCCACAGCGCCUGGUCAGGGACCCCCUGACGCUCGUCCCGAGGAGCCGCCAUCGACCUCACAGCCGCCGUCGACCUCACAGCCGCCGUCCACCUCACAGCCGCCGUCGACCUCACAGCUGCCGUCCACCUCACAGCCGCCGUCGACCUCACAGCCGCCGUCGACCUCACAGCCUGCGUCUGCCACCACCUUGUCACAGAGUGACUCUCCUGUAAGUGUAAAAUCACAAAAAACACAAGCAAUGUUAAUGCAUUUCACAAAAUGA